CGCGGCGGGAGGGGCAUGCUGGGGGACGGGCGGUGCGCGGGCGGGGCGGAGGCUCCAGGGCGGUGCGCGUGGUCCUGGCUGCGCUCCCGCUGCCUGAGCGUGUCCGCGUGCGUCUGCGCCUGCGCCUGCGUCAGCGCCUGCCUGCUGCUGCACUACUGCGCCGUGUCCCAGAACAAGUCGUGGAAGAAGCUGAAGACCAUGGUGCAGUGCUCCCCCUUGGUUGCGUCCUUCAAGAAACGCUGGGUCCAGCUUGCCGGGCAUGCAGGGAACUUCCAGGCCGGGGACCGGGGUAAGCUUCUGAAGAAGUACUGCGAGAGCGAGCAGCAGUGCCUGGAGAAGCUAAUGAGCGACUCGCUGCGCCCGUUCGUACCCGGGUACUAUGGCGUCUCUCAGCUCGACGAGCAGGACUACAAUGUGAUGGACGACCUGCUGGCGGACUUCGACUCGCCCUCCAUCAUGGACUGCAAGAUGGGCAGCCGGACGUACCUGGAGGAGGAGCUGGUGAAAGCUCGGGAGAAGCCAAGGCUCCGCAGGGACAUGUAUGAGAAGAUGGUUGCCGUGGAGCCCGGGGCCCCGAGUGCAGAGGAGCGUGCCCAGCAGGCCGUGCUCAAGCCCCGCUACAUGCAGUGGAGAGAGACCCUCAGCUCCACUGCCACACUGGGCUUCCGCAUCGAGGGCAUCAAGAAAGCUGACGGCACGUGCAACACGAACUUUAAGAAGACCAAACACAAGGAGCAGGUGAUGCAGGCACUGAAGGAAUUUGUGGGCGGGAACACUCAAAUCCUGAAAAGUUACUUGCAGAGAUUGGAAGACCUGCGAACAGAACUAGAGAAUUCUCAAUUCUUCAGAACACAUGAGGUGGUUGGCAGCUCACUGCUGUUCGUCCAUGACUGCUCGGGGCAGGCACGCGUGUGGAUGAUCGACUUCGGGAAGACGGUGCCCCUGCCCCCGCCCCUCACCCUGGACCACCGCACCCCCUGGGUGGAGGGGAACCGUGAGGAUGGGUAUCUGUGGGGGCUGGACAACCUUAUCAGCAUUCUGAACGCAAUGCUGCCCGCGAGCUGAGGGGGGCCCGAAGUGGGAUCAGCUCUGGAGGACCUAGGAGAUUACCACAAGCGGCCGCCACUUUUCCUCUCUCUGGGAAACGGGAUGGAGAGAAAAAAAACAGAGGAAUGAAAUGAGAGAGCUUAACAGCUCGGACAGGAUAGAGUGAUGAAUGCCUUAGAGGGAGACAGGCUGUGCGAACAUCUCUCUAGGCAGUGAUUCGCUGCCAUGUUUCAUACUGGUGAUGGAUUCUAGUGAAUCACUGCCUCUCUCAUGAACAGCCCAUCCCCUUCUUGGGCUCACUACUGCUCCCUGCUGGUGAGAGGGACUGAGGCAUUGUUACUCACUUUUUCAAUGAGAAAAAUCCCCUAAGUGUCCUUAGUGAGAGGGAAAAGUUAUUUUAUUCCUACAUGGACCGAUUGAAUUUUAAAACCGUUUUACAGAUGUGCUACAACACUAGAAUCUUGGAAAAGCCUUUGCAGUUAUAUUUUUUUGGAUCAUACGUUGUUUAAUGUAAAUAAUAUUUUACGUAUGCAUUGCAGAGACAUAUGCCAUUCUGUGGAUAUGCUGGUUGUUUCUGUUUUGACUGGAAUAGACAAUUUUCCUGGGAGAGAUUAACUAUUACAGAGCUGAUUGUGAUGACCCCACGUUGGCAUUUUAAAGGAUAGCUUACUAAACAUGGCCCAGGGAAACUAUCUCAAGGUUGAGUUGGGUGAAAAGGAAGCCAGUGGAAAAUGUGAUUGUGGACAGAAUAUGCAGCAGAGGUGAUGGAGAUGGAUUAAGCUUCUGGGUAUUGGAUGUUAUUCCAUCCCCUCUACUGGGCGGCGCAAAGUUGGCGAGAGGAGGAGCUAAACAUAUUCCAGCUCUGUUCUGAAGAGGUGUGCACUGGCGAUGGGCCUCUAUCAACUUUCAUUCUUUUGUGACCAGCUGGUCUGUAUUGCACUGUUAUGCCUCAAAGAUGCUACUGAACAAAGACUGGAGUCCAAGCUAUGUUAUUUAUCAGGACCUGGGGCAGGUGGAACAUAUUCAGACCCCCCCCCCCCUUCCCCCACAAAAAAGAAAUUUAAAAAAAAACA